AUGCCGAUGCCCCCGACAAUUGGACACACAGUAAACUUUGGAAAAUCUUUGAUAGGUUUAAUUAAGCAAGGUUUUUGGGAAAUCCCAUCUGUGAUGUGCUCUACUAUGUGCGCAUUUGUUGGACUUGGCUUUGGGAUCGCCGGUCUGAAUCGAUAUAACGAUAAAAAGGGUGAUAAUAGGGAAUACAAGAAGACUUAUAUGAUAAUGCGCCCGACCGAUCCAAGGGUGCCUUUACUAAGAAACCCCGUGUAUACCAAAUAUUAA